ACGGGUGUGCGCUUCUGCUUCAUGGCGUCGUCCGUGGCGCGGGCGGAGCGGGGCGGGAACGCGGCCCACUCGGGGCUGGAAUAUCUCAAAAAUGACUACAGAAGAAGGUUUUGCCGGCCUUUCAGGGUACCUGAAAUUCAUACGAAGAAAGGCCAAGACAUGUUGGAAAUCUUACAAGAUUGCUUUGAAGAAAAGAAUUUUGUCAAUGAUUUUCUUACAAAUUCUGCAGAAUCCAUGCAUUAUUCACCAGCCAAAGUGAAAGGCAGUUAUACUUGUUCAUCAGGCAAAAAGAGCCAGACACCACUUCCAAAGUCAGUUCCAGAUUCCUCAAGGAAGAAAGAAGCCUCUCUCCAAGGCAUUGUGGAAUCAACUGAAACUGCUGCUAGACCAGUUCAGGUGCAUGAAGUUCAGAACAUGUUGGCAGUUGAUGUUGGUUCUAAAGAUACACCUGACACAAAAAAGAAGUCAAGUAACAAACUAAGUGGUCAUUACAGUAAAUCCGAUGAAGAAUUUUACAUGUCUGUUGGGUCAUCUGCCAUUCCUUUGGAUGGGAAAACAUCUAUAGUGCAAAGUGCUAGUCCAUCUGCUGCUCAAAAGAAAGAGCCUUACAAUUUUAUACAUUCAGCAAAUAGGCUGUCUUCAAGUACAGGGCUGUCGUCUCUUAAAACCAAAAAAAGGUUAACCAUUGAAGGUAAAGAUAUUAUUAAAAAUGUAGAAGUAGAGAAUAAAGUACCAGAAGCAAUAGAUAAAAUUUCAGAAGGACAAGAAGAAAACAACUCAGCAGAAACAUCUCAGAGAGAAAUACAAAAUUUGGAAUGUAAAAAUCAGCCACAGACUAAGAAGAGUUUUUCAACAUUGUUUUUAGAAACUGUAAGGAGAAAAAGUGAAUCUGGUCCCAUUGUUAGGUAUACAGUAACUACUCCAUCUCAUUCAUCUCCAAAUGAUAAAACGUUAGAGGAUGAAUUUAUAAUUGAUGACUUAGAUAGAAGUUUGGCCAGUCAAUCUUGGAUCACAAUCCCAAGAAAGGGUGCACCUCUAAAACAUCACACAGUGUCUCCUUUUGAGAACUCUUCACUCAUUCAGGAUAACAAGUCAAGAGGAAAACAAAAGAGUGUAUCGCCUAAAACUUUGACAAGUGACAAACAUUCCUAUAAAGCUCCCUUGGUAGAAAAAUCUCAGCCCUCUGGAGAAAAAAUAGUGGGAAUGAGUUCUGCCUUGAUAGAUGAAUUAGAAAAGAAUCAUACAUCUACAAAAUAUAAAAUGUGUUCUAAUAAUGCUGAAAAACAUCCUAGUAGUAAAAAGACUGUACAACAGAAACAGAGACGAUCAUUAAGAGCCAGUGUGGUUGAAGAACAGUAUGAUAAGGGACAGUGUGAAGAUGAAAAUAGAAACGUGUCCCAUAUUGCACAAGCCAAGUUAAAGAGAAACUCAGGAAGAAAUGCGGAAGAUUGUGAAGAGACAAGAAAUGGUCAUAUUUCUGAAAAACAGACAUCACCUGUGGGGAACAAGAAGAAAAAAGGGAGCACCAAGAAAGAAGAAUCUAAAAAGAAACAUUUUUCCAAUGGUCCCAAGAACAGAUUUGCUCCUGAAGAAGUGACUUUUACUGUUACAAGAAGUCGGAGACUUUCCAGGCAUCCAUCUAAUUGGUGGGUGGUAAAAGCAGAGGAGAGUCCCACUCAUGGAAACUCUCCAAUAAGAAAUGAAUUUUCAAUGUAUUACAGCAGUAGACAAAAACCUGCUAAAAAAACAAAUCAGUCAUCUAAAAAUGUUGGUAAAAAACCUGUUUCACCAAAAAAGCAGAAGAAAUCUCCUCAAGGAACCUCAAGAGUACAGAAGUCUCCAAACAUGAAAGAUUCUGGAGGUAUUAUUAGCCAUGACGAACUUUCUGGUUCUUCCCAAGAUGAGCCAUUGGAAACUGGCAAGGCAGACCUGGCUAAGAAGAAAAAUCUUGAUUGUUCUGGAACUACUAGAUCUUCUAAGGAUCAAGAUGCACAGAUUGUUCAUCUAAAGUCUCCUAAUAAAUGUACAUACAACACACAAAUAGUGACUAAUUUGAAUGCUGAAAAUUCUGAAGUCUCAGUUUUGGAAGAAAGUGGACCAUCUCAGUACAAGAAUUGUUUAACGCCUGCGAAGAAUAAUUCUGAUAUGGAUAACAAAGUUCAGGAAAGCUCAGAUAGUUCACCAGUAAAAAGAUCUAAAGUAUCACCCGAUAAGAAAAUGCAUUAUAAAUUAGUAUUACCUUCCUGUUCACCAAAUGUUCGAAGGACCAAGAGAACGCGUUUGAGACCUUUGGAAUACUGGCGAGGGGAGCGAGUAGAUUAUCAUAGGAGAUCAUCAGGAGGAUUUGUGAUUGGUGGAAUACUAUCCCCAGACAUAGUACCAUCUAAAAGGAAAGCAAAAGAAAAUGUGGGCAGAGUCAACAAAAUAGCCAAUAGGAAAAGGCUCUGUCUUGACAGCAAUGAAAGAAAAAAUCAAGUUAAGGUAAAUUUGGAUGUAUCCGUAGGGGAUCCCUUGCAGCCAACAGAAGUAAAGGACCCAGAAACGAGAGAGAUUAUUCAUAUGGAUCUUAUAAGGCUACGAGAUACAUACCAAUUUUUUAUUGAACAUGGCGAGUUAAGAGUAUAUAAAACAUUGGAUACACCAUUUUUUUCUACUGGGAAAUUGGUAUUAGGACCCCGUGAAGAAAAGGGAAAGCAGCAUGUUGGCCAAGAUAUACUGGUUUUUUAUGUCAGUUUUGGCGAUCUUUUGUGUACCUUACAUGAAACACCUUAUAGAAUAACUACUGGGGAUUCAUUUUAUGUUCCUUCAGGUAAUUAUUACAACAUCAGAAACCUCCUGAAUGAGGAAAGUGUUCUUCUUUUUACUCAAAUAAAGAGAUGAAAAGAUGAAAAAAGUUUAAAAAUGCAUUGUGUACAAAUAUAUGUACAUAUACACAUUGUAUGUAUAGACUUAUAUAUAUGUAUAUAUCAUAUAGCUUGUAUAAUUGGGACACUUCUGUAAUAAUUGUGGUUGGUUUAAAAUAAAAAAAUGUAUUCAGUUUUGUGUAAA